AUGGUUAGUAUAGAUCCUAUUAAUACUGCUGGGGGUCUGUUUUUGAUGUGGUCAGAUGCGAUAGACGUCUCUGUUCAGUUAACAUCAGCUUUUUGGGUAGUAUGUUCAGUGACUGUUGCAAAUGGGGUAUCCUUUGAUAUUAUCUUUUGUCAUUUGAAUAGUCAUGUAUCAGUUAGACGUAAUCAGUUCGCUAGUUUGUUAUCACUCAAAGCUAAACUGCAGAAUAAGGUUGUAAUUAUGGGUGAUUUCAAUGAUAUAACCCAUCCAUCUGAAAAAGAGGGGGGUCUUUUGUAUGUUCCUGCUGCUCAUGUUGAUUUCAUUAAUUUUAUUUAUAAUAUGCAACUAAUUGAUAUGGGUUUUGUGGGUCCGGCUUUUACAUGGUCUAACCAUCAAUCUUCACCAAAUCUUAUUCAAGAAAGGCUAGACAGAAGUUUGGCAACUAAUGAGUGGACAACUAGUUUUCCACAUUUUUCAGUUCACCAUUUAAAGUCUGUAGCAUCAGAUUAUUGUCCUUUACUUUUGCAUCUCUCUAACCUAAAGAGAUAUACUCGUGCAAGGUUUCAUUAUGAUUAUAGAUGGAAUAAAUAUCAGAUGCUUCUACCAAAUAUUGCCUCUAUCUGGGCCUCUCCUAUUAAUGGUUCUUCAAUGUUUCAAAUUCACCGCAAGCUACAAAUGACUAGACAAUUUUUGCUUUCAUGGAAGAAACAACAUUUUCAGAAUCCUAAGCAACAAAUAUUAGAUAUACAUAGCAAAUUGACUCUUUUACAUCAGCAGCCUGCUAAUAGAAUAAAUUGGGAUCAAAUUCAUGCUUUGGAAAGAGAGUUGUUGGUAGCAUAUCAGAGUGAAGAACAUUAUUGGUUUCAGAAAUCAAAGCAAAACUGGUUGAGAUGGGGAGAUUCUAAUACAAAAUUUUUUCAUGCUAAAACGAGGCAACGACAGCAGAAAAAUCAGAUUCAGGGCUUACGAGACGCAAAUGGAAUUUGGGUUGAUACUAUGGAGGAUAUAGUUCCAUUGGUUUUGCAGUAUUUUCAACAUUUAUAUACUAAUACUAAUCCAACAACAAUUCAUACUCUGUUUCAUGAUUUCCCAGCUGUGGUUACUAAUCAGAUGAAUGUCUCGUUGAUGCAGCCUUUUACAGAUGAUGAAAUUAAAGAGGCAACUUUCUCUAUCCAUUACUCCAAGUCACCUGGAAUUGAUGGAUUUACUUCUGCUUUUUAUCAACAUUACUGGAGUACGAUUGGUCCAUCUAUAAUAUCUACUAUUAAGCAGUUUUUCAAUGGUGGACACAUGUUACGCAGUAUGAACCACACUAUUAUAUGUCUCAUUCCAAAGGUUCGUCAUCCUCAAUCAGUUUCUGAUUUGCGACUUAUAAGUUUAUGUACAGUAUUUUAUAAAAUCAUCUCUAAGGUGCUUACUAAUAGGUUACAAAAGGUAUUGCCUGAUCUAAUACCUCAGGUCCAGAAUGCUUUCAUUAAGGGGCGUUCUAUUUCUGAUAACAUUCUCCUAGUACAUGAGGUAUUACACUAUUUUCAGCAUCAUAAAUCUCAAAAGAACAGAUUUCUUGGUUUGAAGCUGGACAUCAGCAAGGCGUAUGACAGGAUUGAAUGGCAAUUUUUAGAGUUUAUUCUGGCAAAAUGGGGCUUUGGCCAUCAAUUCAUCAGAUGGAUAAUGCAGUGUGUUUCUACUGUGACUUUUUCCAUUCAGAUUAAUGGUGGUUGUCAUGGUUAUUUUACACCCUCUAGAGGUCUCAGGCAGGGAGAUCCCUUAUCCCCCUUGUUGUUUGUUCUCUGUUCACAGGGAUUAUCUUUUCUUAUUAAGCAGGCAUCUGAGCAACAUCUGUUCUCUGGAGUUAAAUUAAAUAGACACUGUCCUCCAAUUUCUCAUUUACUGUUUGCGGAUGACUCAAUUAUAUUUUCAUCAGCGGCUCCUCACUGUUUGCAGAGUAUUAAAUCCAUGUUACAACAAUACGGUGAUGCUACAGGUCAGUUGAUUAAUUAUUCUAAAUCUGGGGUGUUUUUUAGUGCUAAUGUGGAUAGUAGUUAUCGAAAUUAUGUUUCAACUUUCCUCACUAUCCCUAGUUUACCUGCGCGUCAGCAUUAUUUAGGCUUACCUGCUAUUUUGGGUCAAAAUAAAUCUCAUACUUUUGGAUAUUUGCUGCAUAAGAUUCAGACUCAUUUGACUCGUUGGCAAGGGAAGUUUUUGUCUCACAGUGGUAAAGAGGUUCUUUUAAAGGCUAUUAUUACAGCAAUCCCAGUAUAUACGAUGAUGUGUUUUCGCCUUCCAAAAUCAUUUUGUAAACGUAUUAAUCAGUUAAUGAUGCAGUUUUGGUGGGGGGGAACUUCUGAAUUCAAGCAUAUGGUUUGGGUUUCUUGGCGUACUAUGUGCCGAAGUAAGAAACAAGGUGGACUAGGCUUCAAGCACCUAUUUUAUUUCAAUCAAGCCUUACUAGCCAAACAAAUAUGGAGGAUCUCCCAGGAUCCAAAUUCCAUCCUAUAUCAGGGAUGCUUCUGGCAAAUUAAUUCUGGUCUUCAUGUCCGACCUCUUAUGGAUCCAUGGCUUUUAAAUGAUUGUCACUUUUUGCCUCGUUUACAAUCAGGUGUUUCUCCUAGUCAGGUACCCGAGUUUGUAGGAGGGUUGUUUCGUCCAUAUAGCUUACAAUGGGAUGAAGUUUUGAUCAGACAAUUAUUUAUCCCAGCAGAUGUUAGUCUUAUCUUAUCUAUUCCUUUGCCUUAUAUUGCUGUACCAGAUCGCUUACUGUGGAAACAUACUCGACAUGGACAAUAUACAGUUAAAUCUGGUUAUUAUGUGGCUGCCUCAUCCUACUUGGAUCCUACUCCAGCUGGGUAUAACUCGCUUCGUUCUGUUAAUUGGCAACAACUAUGGAACAUUUCUAUUCCACCUAAGGUACGUCUGUUUCUCUGGCGAUCCCUUCAUAAUGGUCUAGCAACCGGUACAAAUCUAUCUUCUCGUGUUAGUCUAUCUAGUGCUUGCUGCUAUUGUGGGAUGGAAGAAACUUUGUUACACUUAUUAUUUGAUUGUCCUUUUGUCCAACGUGUCUGGUAUCUCUCUGGCUUUGGUUUGCUUUCUAUUCUGGUUCAUUUGGAAGGCGCGCAAUGGUUGUUUAUUUCAGAAUCUGCAUCAAUCGGAAGAAGAAAUUGUUGCACUGGCGAGGCAAGCCCAAUUUGA